AUGCCAUAUAUCGACUCCAAUGGAAAUAUUCUUGAAUCGAAAAAGUCGACAUUCAAUUUACUUUGGCAGUUUUUUGCGUUUUUUUUGUAUUUUUUUCAAACACUUUUUGGACCGCUGAUUGGUGAAACAAGAGAUAGGCCAUCUCGACGCAGACACGAUUGGAGUAGUAAUAACCGUUGGCCUGGAAGUGGUGGUCCAGGCGGACCUCCAAGAGGUGAUCACGGGUAUGGAACAGGACGGCGUGCUAUAGGGCGUCCAGCAUUUUCUUCCGGAAUGUCAUGCCCUCCGAUGGGUGGUGGCAGUUGA